AGCUCGUUAGAAAAAGCAUGGCAAGUCUAACUAGAUUGACUCUCCGUUUUCUCACAAAUACACGUCAAAUACUUCACCCUAUACCAGCUGUUAGCGUAACAGCGGAAAGAGGUAGAAAACGAUGGGCAGUGCCAUAUUACAAUGAAUUAUACAGCCGUCGUCUUAAAGUUGGACCUGAGAAAGAGAGACACAGAUCAGAGUGGAGUAAUUGGAACUAUGAUGCUGAAAUCUAUGCGUUUGGUAAAAGAUUGAAAGAAGAGUUUAAUGAACACACAUUGAAGAUUGCAUUUACUCACAGGUCUUACAUUGAAAGUGAGGAGUCUAGAAGAUCACAACUCGGUAUAGAUGACUCGGAUGUACCCUUGAAUCUCCAAGACAAUGAGGAGCUUGCCAGAGAGGGAGAAAAGCUUGCAAGUGAGCAUGUGUAUGCAUUUAUAAGAUUCUCCCAUCCCUUCCUCCCAGAAGAGGCAAUUAGUGCUGUUCAUGAUUACUUGAUGUCAGAGGAAAUGUUGGCAACUAUUGGACUAAACUUGGGAAUUAAAGACUUGAUUCUAUGUGAAGACUUUCCCCCCGAAGCUAGCACUAUGGUGAAAACAUUCAAAGCGAUCAUUGGUGCACUUAGUAGGGACCAGGGCAGGACACAAGCCCAGCAGUUUGUCCAGGAUUUCAUUUGCACCAUGCUGGUGGGGAAGGAUGUCAAUGAACUAUGGGAUGUACACAAUCCUAUGGGAGUCCUUGUGGAUAUCCUGCAGAAUCAGGGUAAACAACCACCAGAAGCUAGGCUACUUAGAGAAACAGGAUCCCGGACAGUGUUGUCUUGUUACAUUGUGGGCAUAUACAGUGAUACAGCAUUACUGGGUCAAGCUCCUGGUGAGACCUUAGAGAUUGCAGAGGAAAUGGCCGCCAGGGACGCACUCAGGAACAUUUUCUGUACCACAGAGUACAAGUCACCUCUCAAAUUUAACACUGAGCCUGAGGUUGUGACUGGAGGCAGUCAACUAAUACUGGACAAUGCAAUGAAAUAUGUGAAAAGUUCUGCAAGGCAGCUUGAAUAAUGAGAUGUAUACAAUGAAAUAUUGGAUACAAUUGAAUAACUGAUAUUGGAUUAAUAAUAUGAUAAGCCUUGCUCUUUUUCUGAAGCAGAUAUCAUAUUAUUUAAAGUUGAAUAGUAUCAAUGCAGCAGGAUCACCAUAAAAAUAAUUUGCAUAGUUUAGAUCAAAAAUAAUGCCAGGCAUAUUUAAGUGGCGAGACAAAUUAAGCCUUUGGAUGUCAUAAUCACGGUUUUAAUUGGAACAAAUGUAUGAAUGCAUCAGAUUACUUUUGUAAGUACACACCCAAUUAAGAGACGCUGUAGCGCCAGAAGUUUACGGACGUUAUACAAGAAUUUCCGGCUGGAGAUUUGUAAGUAUACUCAUUUUAUUCAACGUUUUGACAGAAUAUGGUUCUUUCCUUUUUGUAGAAACAUUGAUCAACAUUUUGUCUGAACACGGUCUAGAACUUCUCACAUCUUCUAGAAAGCAUGACAAUGUUUUGAAAAAUUAUCAUUUCUUAAAAAAAUCAUCAUAGUUUCUAUAAUUGUACCCUUAUAAUUUUGAAAUAUUGAUUAGAUUAACAUACAAUUUUCAUACAUCAUCCAGACACUUCACUUUCCCAAAUCAAUGAAAGAAUUCCGAGAAACUAAGUAUAGGAGUCAGGGAUACAACAUUUCAUUGUAGUUAUUACAUUCAAAGAUUGGUGUAAACCUUCUCAAGCCCUAUACUUUUAAACAAAAAUUAAUUUCUCGGAAUUCUUUCAUUUAUUUUGGAAACUGAAGUGUCUGGAUGAUAUCUCAAAAUUGUAUUGUUAAUCUUAUCAAUAUUUCAAGAUGA